GAUAUCAGAAUAAUUUCUAUGUUAAUUAGUUUGCCCCAAGAACACCAAAUUACUAUUUUUGCAACGCAAAGAAAAAUUAAUCCCCCCAAAACCAAGAACUGAUUACCUGAAGGGUAGCUUUAGUUACAGUUGCUUUCUUCUAUGGAACAAUCUUCCAGAGGAAAUACUUACAUCAAAUUACUUAGGUCUCUUUAAGAGAAGUUCCCACAGAUGGUUUUCUGAUCAGUACUCCCACACGGCAAAUAUGUAAAACAGGUUUUGAGAAUUUUUAAUUAAUUUUCUAUGUUAGACUGAUGUUUUUAACCGUGUAUAAUUAAAGUUAUCAUUCAUUCAUUUAUUUAACUUGCCAGACAACAUAGUAUUAAAUUAUAGGCAAACUCUUUUUAAGCCCUGUACCUUUUUUAACAGUUCAUCAGUUUUGAGAGAUCAUCUUGUGAAAAGUUAGCAGACAAACAAGUUUAACUUGGUUUAAUAACUGUACCUUUUUCAAACAUGUUUACUUCACGGGUAUGUCUGUGUUGAGAAGGGCAACAGUGAUGCUUAUCAUGUUUUAUUUGUUUUCAGAAAUUAUGUUUGAGUCAUUCAAUAUCCCAGGCUUGUAUAUUGCUGUGCAGGUGAGAUUCAUAAUAUUAUUUUGCAGUAAGUUGGUUUUAAUCUCCAUUUUGCAAUCUUUUGUUUUCAGUAUUGAAAAGUUGAUCACAAUAAUGAUGAUGACGAUACUAUUAUUAUUAUUAUUGUUAUAUUUUUUUUAUUUUCGAGGUUGAAAGACCUUUCCCAUAAAGUACACAAAGAAAGGAAUUUGAGGCUUGAAGUCCUGCCAUAUUGCCAUAAAUAUUUCAUUCAAAUCACUGUAUUUUGUCAUUCUUAAGCUACUUCCACACAAAUCCUCAUAUUUUUAAAACUGCACACUUUUUCACACAAAUUGGCCUUUCGUCCACACAAAAUGAGUGAAUCUGCUCACUGAAACUGCAUUGAUUUGAAACCGCUCUCAAGAGCAGUUUAAGGCCCUGUUCAUAAUAAUCGGGGUAUAAAUUUGUUUGGAUAUAGCCCCCAGACUCACGUUGGCAUCUCUGUCUAAAGAAAUGCGGGAAAGGUCUAUUAAUAAAAAGUUCCCUUUCUUUUUUCUGUAGGCUGUGCUAGCUUUGGCUGCAUCCUGGACAUCUCGUCAAGUAGGAGAAAGAACCCUGACCGGAACAGUUAUUGAUUCAGGGGAUGGUGUUACUCACGUCAUUCCUGUGGUAAGUGUGUUUAACCCCGGGGGGGGGGCAGACUCCCAUAUGAAGGUGAGGCAAUUGGGACGCUCAUCGGAAAAUUCAAAUUAAACCCCUAAGGGAGACCAGUGUGGGUGUGGCUCAAGCUUAAUCUGACCCCUAAGGGAGAUUUCUGUGUGGUCAGUGUCAGGACAGUUUUUGUAAAUUUCUCCAUGUACAGUAUUAAGCGAUACCUAAAUGGGCAAAUAAAGUGACUUUCCAUCCCAAACACCCUAAACCAAAAUCUGCAAUUUACACCCCAAAGGGAGACGAUGGGUAUCCCCAUCACUGUUAUAUGGGAGCUCCCCACUGGAGUCCAACCCUUGGAACACCAUUUUAGGAUUUGAUGUCUGCGUUAGGCCUUUUUUUAUAACUAUUUUAGUUUCUGUCCUUAUUAUAGGCUGAGGGAUAUGUCAUUGGUAGUUGUAUAAAGCACAUUCCAAUUGCUGGUCGCGACAUCACUUUCUUUGUGCAGCAGCUGCUUCGUGAACGUGAAACUGGCAUCCCUCCAGAGCAGUCUAUGGAAACUGCUAAAACCAUCAAGGUAAUGUAAGGUCAUUAUUAACACUUCAGUGGAGGGGCCCAGGGGGCCCAUCCCCCCCUUAUUUCUAGACCAAACUGAGGCCCAAAGGGCCAAAUUUUUUUGAGACGGCAUCCCCCUCCUAUCUAAGGAUCUGGAUGACGGGAUUCCCCCCCCCCCCCCCCCCCUUAUCUGAAGGUGUGGUUCUGCCACUGUACUUCACCUAUUGGUUCAAGAAUUAGAAUUGAGACAGUGCUUGUCAGUGGCAGUAUUGGGGCAGUCAUGCACACAGCGGCUACAUUUGGGAUUCUGAUAGCAAAAAACAUGUCUCGUCCAGUAAUCCAGGACAAGUAGAUUUUCUUGCUGGGCAAGUAACAUUUAAAGCUCACUUGCCCAUUGGACAAGGGUCCAGGUAAUUCAUUCUCCCACUAAAUACUUAGCUUAGACAAGUGAGUAGUGGCCCCAGGCAAGCAAAACAUGAGAGCUACCUGCCCAAAGGAUGGCUGGAGUUGAAGAUUUUUUCCAGCACUGUGAUAAAAAUGUGAUUGCAAAUUUUAAAGCCUGGGUCAGGUUGUUCAAAGCUGAGUUAAGAAAACCCAGGGUUAGUGCGAAUGUGAAUUCAGAGAUAUGAAAGCUAAAAAAACAAAUUCAGGUUAAUUCUUUCCGUCUACAAUUUGGUGACUGGAGGCUCUGUAAAGAGUAGAAAAAAUUAUCCAAUAAAAUGUUGUUGGAUAAAAGAAGAAGAAACCGAGAUUAAAAUUUAACCCCAGGUUAGGGCUGAUCGGCCUUCAAAAAAGUGGGGCCUGUUCGAUACAUGAGAGAGACGGUUUUUUUUUACCAGUCAGUGACACAGGAAUCUCUUAUAGUCAUAGGUUCAAUCUCCAGUGGGGAAUACUUGGAUUUUCUCCUCUGAGCCGCCUGUCUCACUGACUGAAUAAAACAUCCUUCUCAUAUGGGUUUUUUGGAGGACGUUUGUGUGGGGCUAUAUUGCCUGCAGUGUUUAUUUGGUUUUAGUGUUGCAAUAAAAUGUUUUUUUAUAGUUCCCACUCUAGCCCUGUACUUCAGAGUUGCCCAAGUGUUAGGAAUGCAUGGUUCUAAUAGGAUAAUGACAUCAUUUAUUAACAGAGACUUUCUAGACAAGAAUUAUCAGUUUUGUUGUUGGCUAUAAUCAUGCCUUUAUUUGUCCAAGUUUGGAAGGUUUUCAUUUUUUGGUGUAUUUUGUACAUGUAAGUUCCUGACCGUGAGGUUGAAAGGACAGUUUCAAACUCAAGUUGUUCUCUUCUCAGGAACGCUGGGGCUACAUCUGUCCUGACAUUGCUAAAGAGUUCGCUAAGUAUGAAGCAGAGCCAGGCAAAUGGAUGAAGAAAUAUGAGAGUGUAAAUGCCGUCACCAGAAAGGUAGCUAGGAAUCCAGAAAGAUAACUUGUAUUGUCAUUCAUUUACCUGGUGUUGCUUAAAUACAGUCCAAGGGAAUUCCUUAAAUUGUAGUGAGCUGUUACUGGUACCGUACAAAUGACUUAUUGACGAACUCAAGCAAAACUGACAACAAUAGAAUGACUGAACAACUGACCAUUUGAUAAACCAAUAAAUGGCCGUUAAACCCUUUAAGCCCGAAUAUCCACAUGUAAAUUCUCCAAACUGAUCUCCGUACAUUUUUUUAAGAAUUAGUUGAGAAUUUGAUAAAGGAUCAAGGCAUUUACUCUUUGAUGAUCAUUUUAGUAAUUCUCGUAACUUUAUCUCGUGACCAUGUAUGUACAUCGUUAAGAGAAAAUUGUUGUUGGUCAUUAUAAGGACUUAAAGGGUUAACUGUGACAAAAGACGGAUCGAAAUGCAUCAAUGACAAUUAGAGUCUUCAUAGCCAGUAAAAUCAAGGCGUAACUGACACAUAAUAAUAAUAAUAAUAAUUUAAACAUAUUUAUACAGGAUUGCUGCUUCAGUUUUAAGAAAAAAACUGCUAUCAAUGCAGGUCCUGUAAAAAAUUAAAAAUGAAAAAAUAAAAAUGAAAAAGAUUUAAAAUAUAGAUAAAAAUCAAAUCACAAUAUUUCUAAGAAUUAUUAAAAAUUAUUAAAAAUUUUCGCACCUUUGUAGAAAAAAGCGCGCUUGGUGCAUUCUAAAUUAAUUUUUUCCAAAAUAAGGUCACAUGACAUCACAUGACCAAUAACAUCACGACUUUAUUGACCAAUCAGGCCCCAGUUGUUCAAAAGUUGGAUAGCGCUAUCCACCAGAUAAAUCACUCUCCAACGGAUAAGUGUUAGGGAAAGCAAUACGCUAUCCGCUGGAUAGAGCCAGGUCAAUAACCAGAGUAUUACGAUCAACUGACGUGAUGCAAUUCACUUUGACUCUGAAGAUGACAACCGCACAGGUCUAGAAACAUCAGUCACCGUCAACAGGAGUACGCUCGCCCAAACGAUUAUAUUUUACCCUCGUAUGAAAUUACCUGUAUAAUGAAACUGAAAAGAGAGAUAAGCAGUAAGAAUUCAAUGCAUACUUGUAAAUGAAACCUUCGGUAAAUUUUGUCAGCUAUGCUCACCUAUUCCAAGGCCCUUCCACUAAGACAAGAUGAAUGAUCUUUGAAACCUCACAGUUCCAGGUCUUUCAGUGAUUUUGUUACAAAUAGUCAUGGUGAGUCCUGUGACUCAUUUUUUGAAAAAAAAAUGGUGAGUCUCAUUCCAGAAUCAUUGAGUCCCAGUUCAAAAAGCAAUGAGUCCCUGAGCCUUUUGGAACCACACAGUUAAUCUGAAGAGAGACUCCAGAACUCUGUAUUACAGUUUACUGAAAUAAAAAUUUACCCCUUCUGCUGUAAAGCACAACAAAUACUAAAAGAAAUAAGAGCCGUUUAACAACAGCCCCAAGAACAGCCACAGAAAUCACACGAACAGGAUGUUCUACAAAAAACCUGUUCAGAUCGAUCGAUCGAUCUUUGGGGAUUUUUAUGCGUCAGGGACGCAGGACGCUGUGUUAACAAAAUCACUGCAGUCAUUUUUUAUCAGCACUUAAGUGCCAGUGAAUGUUCUCUAUUGAUGGUCUUCAAUUUUUCAUUCUACAGCCUUUCUCAGUUGACGUGGGUUAUGAGCGAUUUUUGGGCCCAGAAAUUUUCUUCCACCCUGAGGUAAGGGAAUUCUCUACAGGCUUGGACAUACCAUAUUUACUCAAAUAAGCGCCGCACUUGAGGCGUCAAAAAUUUAAUGAGCCGGCGCUUAUUCGAGUAAAUGCAGUACUUGUAAAGUAUUGUACAAACAACGUCCUUCUGUGGACUAUUGAAUUUUUAAACUCAGUAGGCUUGUCUCUGAUUUUUAACAUGUAAACUGAACGCUUUUUAUUGUAGUUCUGUAACCCAGAUUUUACCACUCCACUGUCAGAGGUUGUGGACGAUGUCAUCCAAAACUGCCCUAUUGAUGUGCGUAGGCCUCUUUACAAGGUAACAAGGAUCGCUUUCUCGUGCAUAUCUGGAUUUUUGUUUUGUUGCUGUCUACAGUUUUAGCCACCUUGAGCAUUUGAAAUUUGUUUAUUUUGUGUUUACUUGCCUGGCAGAACAUAGUGCUCUCUGGAGGCUCCACCAUGUUCCGUGACUUUGGUCGCCGUUUGCAGCGUGACAUAAAGCGCGCAGUGGACGCUCGCUUGAAACUCAGUGAACAGCUUAGUGGAGGACGCAUCAAGGUAAACAACCUUUUUUUGCAACUGAAGGCUUUUCUUAAUUUGCUCUGAAAUUACUCCGUUACAUCAAAAUAUACGUGUCUCUUAUGUAGUAGCCUAACAUUUGGCGAGGUCACCAACAAUUUCCCCGCGAAAUGCCGUCUUGAGAACAAGCGCAGAAAUUCCAUACUGAUUAAGUGUCAUUAUCCAGAUCUGGGUAGAUCUGGGUGCGUCUGAUUGGUUAAAGCAAAUUUCUCUCUCGGCGCAACCAAUUAGGAGCACUACCCAGAUCUGGGUAGUUACACGUCAUCAGAAGGAAAUUUCGGCGGGAAACAGUUGUUGCCGUCGCGAAAUGGCGGCUGUUCCUUAGGUCGUCACGCGAUAUCAGUGGGGAAUGCGUUGUGUGACAACCCCAACAGUCAUGCAGACCGUGGAUAAGUUGAAUUGGUAAACGCUAUGGUAUCGAGACCUCUAGAUUCUAAGAUGAGGACGACUACGAGUACGAGAUUUUUUUGAAUAUUAUUUAGUGCGCGCGCGUGAGCCAACGUCAUUUUGGCGGGAAACUCGUCUUUUACGAGUUUUAGCGAAAAUGUCUUAAUGGUGGAAACAAGUUAUCGGUUGUUAGAAGUUUUGUCAUUUUGUGAUAUGGAGAGCUCUUAAUCUUCUCCAAUAAAAUAACCGUGCUAACUUAAGCUAAGGAAAAUCAAAGUUUUCUGGGGUAUUUAUUUUUUUGAGAAUACGCGAAAAAGUGCAUGUCGAAUGUCAAAUCUCAAAUCUCUUAAGAUACGUUUUGGGCAAAGUAUCUUUAGGAGAGUGAUUUGUUUAUUUACUUAUUUAUUUAAUUUCAGCCAAAACCAAUUGAAACUCAAGUUAUCACUCAUCACAUGCAGCGCUAUGCUGUUUGGUUUGGAGGAAGUAUGUUGGCUUCAACGGUAAGCUUUACAUACAUGAGCCUUGUAGCAGCUCUAGAAAGAGUGAUUAGUCAUGAUCUGUUAUUUGCUUCAAAUGGCAAUAUUUUGAAGAUUUCCGUGAAGUUUUGUUUAAAAAAGGUGCAGGAUUGUAUUAUCAGGUUUAUAAACUCGAGGCGAAGCCAAGAGUUUUUACACCUUAUAAUACACGACUGCGAGUCUCUUAUAUAGAUCAACUCAUUCUUGCACUUAUAUUUCGAUUUUGGUCCAAAAAAUUGGACGUAAGGGUUAGCCGUGUUUUUAUCAGAUAUAAGGACAUUCAUUAACAUUAAUUUCUAUUUUUGUUUAUGAAUUAUUUAUGAGUCUUUGAAGCGCACAAAAGCAAGAACAGUGACUCAGUGAAAACGUAGAAAAGUUCGACAAUGAAUAUCAAGGCUACUGAUACUUUCCCGUGGUUCUAAAUUUUGAGCCAUUCAAAUGAAGGCUACUUAGCAGUACUAUCCUGUGGUUCUGUUUAUUAUGCUGUACAAGGUCGUUCUAACGUUCGAGUCUGGAUGAAAUCCCAUAAUGUGACCAUUCAAAUGAAAGCUACUGAACAGUACUUUCCUGUGGUUCUGUUUAUUAUGCUGUGCAAGGUGGUUCUAACUUUUGAGUCUAUGAAUGAAAUCCUUAAUUCUUGUCGUUUAAGUAAAAGCAACUAGUAGACCCGCAAUAACUUUAGUUGUUUAAAUACUACCCAGGACAUUGUUUCAAAAUUGGCCUUAUAUUGUUCCGUUCCUAUUUUUUAGCCCGAGUUCUACACAGUGUGCCACACCAAAGCAGAUUAUGACGAACACGGCCCCAGCAUUUGUCGCCACAAUCCGGUGUUUGGAACCAUGUCUUGA